AUGGGAGCAGUUUCGAGCAGACGAUUGCAACCACAUUCGGCUCUACAAGGGAUUGAAGAGGAGGUUCAAGCAGAAGACACGGAUGAUAUCGCUGGGAAUGAUCAUGAACAAAGCCUUGUAGAUGAAAUGCCUGCUUUGCGCAUUGCCAAGCUGCGUCACAAGCUUGCCAAUUCCAAAGCCAAGCAUGAGGACCAAGGUGAAGUGCAGGAUAUUCAGUCUGUCGAUCAUUCUUCUGAGAUCAAUUUGCGUGUCAAGAAAUCAUCCCGAAGGGGUGAGUGGAAGCCUGACGCACCCGAAUUCAUUCCUAUUGCGCAGCAACGCAUCGUCAUGCAGCAACUCGACGGAAACAGGAAUCAGCAGGUCGACUGCCAGCAUGUCUCAGGCCAAAAGGACAUACAACAGCAAGGCUUAGGUGAAGAGCGAAUUUUGUCGAGGACUUUCAACUCACAGAUGGCGAAGAGUGCUGUUCCAAGGCUCCCCGUUACCGAUGAGAACAAGAGUCCCAGGCCUGCCGCUUCCACGAAGCAUCGGACUCGUGCAGUUGAGGGUGACAAUGGUCAAUCCGCGACUGGACCGCAGCAAGCAAGCGACAGGGUCAUUAUCGCAUACCCAAAGAAAGCACGAAAGAGAGGGAAAGGGUCGAGGAAGGAAGCCAAUAGUCGUAGAAAGCGCACGGAAAGUGAGCCUGCAGGCAUCGGCUUGAAUACUGAUAUUGCUCACUUCUGA